CUUGAACAUCCUGCGAUUCCAAAUGACGCCCACGGAGCACAAGAAAAACCAUAACACUGCGCAUGCGCAACUCUCAUUUUGCACAGGGCCUGGAGAGGAAGCUACUGCUGUUAGCUAAACAUGCUAAAUAACACCUGAGGAUCGGUCAGCUGUGGCUGAGUCAUCGUGUUUGCUCCACAUGGAUCUGGACAGGAUCAAUACAGAUGUUCAACUGGUGCUGGUUAAAGAAGAAGCUCCUGAAGAAUGGAGUGCUGCUGUGGACCAGCAGGACCCAGAACACCUCCAUAUAAAGGAGGAAGAGGAGGAACUCUGGACCAGUCUGGAGGGAGGACAGCUCAAUUUGAAGGAGGAGACUGAUGUUGCCAGGUUUUCAUUCACAGCUGUUUCUAUAAAGAGUGAGGAUGAUGAGAAUAAUCUGUUCUCACAGCUUCAUCAGCAGCAACUAGAAGACAGAGAUGUUGCAACCAGCAGCUCGGCUGACCAGAUGACAGCAGAAGCUGGCGGAAGAGCAGAAACUAGCAGGGAUCCAGAUCUGAGCCCUCAUGAACAGACAUCUGAUUCUUCAGAGACUGAAGUUAGUGGAGAUGAAGAGGAUGUGGGUUUGAGUCUAGACUCUGAGCUGUCAGACUCUGGGCUUACAACUGGUGGUGGAGACAUGGGCUGGAAUGAGACCAGGUCUUCUGUGUCAGAUAUUAAGACUGUCGACAAAUCCUUUAGCUGCUCUGAGUGUGGUGAGCAAUUUCUCCACAAGCGAUCUCUCCAGAAGCAUGUGAGAGUGACAAGUCAUUCAGCAAUGGGGUCUUCAGGCUUUUUGAGUAAGAAAAGUGUUGGAGUGAAGCAAUAUGUUGAUUCAUGCGAGAAAGUCCAGACAGAACUAAAAUCAUUUAGUUGUGACAACUGUGGAAAAAAAUUUAGCCAAAGAACAAGUUUAAACAGACACUUGAAAGUCCACACAGGACAGAAGCCUUUUGCCUGUGAGCUCUGUGAAAAAAGAUUUAUACAAAAGGUACAUUUAAACAGACACAUGAGUGUCCACACAGGACAGAAGCCUUUUUCCUGUGAAUUCUGUGGAAAAAGAUUCAUACAAAAGGAUCAUUUAAGCUGUCACAUGAGAGUCCACACAGGACAGAAGCCUUUUUCCUGUGAGUUCUGUGGAAAAAGAUUUAGUCAUACAUCAAAUUUAAACACACACAAGAGAGUCCACACAAGACAAAAGCUCUUUUCCUGUGAGCUCUGUGGACAAAGAUUUAGUCAAAAAACUAAUUUAAACAGUCACAUGACAGUGCACACAGGACAGAAGCCUUUUGCCUGUGAGCUCUGUGGAAAAAAAUUUGGUCAUAAGGCAAAUUUAAAAGUUCACAUGGUAGUCCACACAGAACAGAAGCCUUAUGCCUGUGAAUUCUGUGGAAAAAGUUUUGGUCACAAGUCAAGUUUAAAUGAUCACAUAAAUGUCCACACUGGACAGAAACCUAAUGCUUGUGAGGUCUGUGGACAAACAUUUAGACAAAAGGCAAAUUUAAUCAGACACAUGAAGGUCCACACAGGAGAGAAGCCUUAUGUUUGUCAGGUCUGUGGAAAAAGAUUUACACAAAAGACAGUUUUGAAGAAUCACAUGAUAGUCCACACAGGACAGAAGCCUUAUUCCUGUGAGAUCUGUGGAAAAAGAUAUGGUCAUAAGUCGAGUUUAAAUGAGCACAUGAGAGUCCACACAGGACAGAAGAAUGCUUGUGAGUUUUGUGGACAAACAUUUCGUCAUAAAUCAAGUUUAAACAGACACAUAAGUAUCCAUACAGGACAGAAAGAACUGAUGUAACUACAAAAAAGAUCCAAACGUGACAUUUGUGCUUUUACAUUGUAGAUGUCAGUCUUUUACCCCUGAUGGACUUCUUUCACCCUAGGUUAGAGCCUUAUCUGGCCCACGGGCCACUUCAUUCUGGCUUGCGAGCCAAAUAUUGUGACCCUCAACCUAGGGCCAUGCGAUCUGACUAUAUAAUAUCGUUAAAGAUUAUAUAAUGUGAUGACGGUCUACCAAAGCUUAGAGAUCGUUGAAUUGUCUAUUUGCAUUCUAUCACCCAUCUGUGCUAUUAUUUCAGGACACAUCUACUGGCACACUUUCUUUCCCUUUUGCCAAGUCAUGCCAUUUGCAAGUCUUCUAGGAAAAUAAUCUAAUCGAUGCAUUAAGAUGCGGACAUAAACGAUUAUGAAUUUUCGUCACUAGCAUUAGCCGCUUCUCUAAGCGGUCAUUACACUUAUUCUCACGUGUCUACGAUCAAGGAACCUUUGGGUCAAUGUUCUGCUCUAAACUUUGCAUUGUGCUUCGUGGCUUUCAUUAUUUUAGGGCGUUCUUUUGUGUUUUAGCAAGCCUUUUUACUGUGGCUGCCAACCAGAGUUUUGUCUAUGCCGUCUGCGUAGAAAGACGGGUCAAAUCCUGCCCCCACAUUGUCAGGAAACCGCUACGGAGAGCAAUGAGGACCAAAUACUGGGAGUGAAAUCCUGAGUAGAGCAUGCAUGAGAUAAGGAUGCAUCAUGAGUUUAGCUUAACAUGAUAAUUUUUUUCUCUGGACAGAAAUAAUUGCUAUUAAUGUUGUGGAUGAAGGGAUGUGAGCCACCUCUAGAUAGAAUUCAAAUUAUUUUACAUCAAUUCUAAAUAUAUAAUAAACCAAAGUGCUGGUGAGAAAUUUCAGACAUGAAUCUUUAGCUCUCAAUUGUAGUAUAGAUAGAUAGAUAGAUAGAUAGAUAGAUAGUAAGGCUGGGCAAUAUUGCCUAAAAUCAAUAUCAAGAAAUAUUGAGGAUUUCAAGUCUAUAACGAUAAAUGGACGAUAACUACAGGUAUGUGCAGAAAUAAAAAGUUGUCCAUUAGAUUGGGGCUGUCACAUGUAUUACGCUGAGUCACAUUUUUUACGUGAUUCAGGGUGAUACAGCUUCUUAAAGGGACAUGAACGCUGCCGACCUACAUACAUCUUUUCAUUUUUGUAUUAUCAAAAGUAUUGACAUGGGUGAAAUGAUCAUAAGAGUCAGAAAUGUCGAUAACGAUACAUUUUUUAUUUAUUUCCCAGCCCUAAAAGAUAGACAUUGGAAAUUAAAGGUUUUUUUAUUUUUAGGAUUUUGAAAUAUUUUAUCCUUUUUUUCUGUGAAGGGGUGUGCUUUUAACUUUAGGUAUUUUACUGGUAAAUAACUUUCAAAAUGUCUGAAUUGUCGAAAGAGAAAAAAAUCAUGAUAAAAUCAUGAUUGUGAUUUUGCAAAAACAAAAUCGUGAUAUGAUUUUUUUUCUUUCUCCUACUCCUACUGUCAAGUUGUAAAUAUUCCACGAAAUCCCUGCAGGCGUACAAGAACAUAAAUGCCGCUCAUCACUACACAAUGGUAAGCUCUUGUUGAAAGCCCAGUUUAUACACCGUCAGCUCCCGAGGGAGAGACAGACGUUUUGCUCUCAGACUUCUCUGUCAGGUAGCUCGGGAUUUUUGCAAAACAAUUCCCCGCCAAUACAACAGAGGGCGUAGCACUCUUCUGAGGUACCAUUACAGUCAGGUAUCCGGUCCACGAUAGUGUACUUAAUAUUGUGUUUGCAUUGUUUUAAUGUAUUUCAGAGACUUUUGUCCCACAUACACCACUUCAUGCGAUCGGCACCUCAAAAUACACGUUUCUCGUCUUUUCCAUCUACAAAUAAAAUGCUUUCUGCAUAUCUUUGUACUCCGUCACGGGUGAAUAAAUGUUCAUAUUUUCAGACUUUUUCUGUGAGGCAUUCUUCAAUCUGUAACAUGUCUGCCGAUAAAUAUUUUUUUACCUUUUUGAAGUGGUGCUGUUGAGGAAUUUACAGGAAGCGGCAUCCUGACCAAUCACAAGCUUGCAGUUUCCAUCUCUUUCGACGGAUAGUUACAAAUCGGGGCAUGUGUCCGUCACACUCUCUAGCCUGUCGGAGAGCUCUUGCACCGAUGUAAUGGCUCUGCGUGUCUCCGCACCGACACACACGGAGAAGUACAAAUUGGGCUUAAUCAAUCAAAUCAAAGAUACUUUAUUAAUCCCAGAAGGAUUAAUAAGCUGUUGUUCUUUUAGACUGUGUUGUCAGAGAUAUUAGCAUGGCAAAUGUACCCUGCUGUUAAAUAUUUGUGUAAUCAAACAAAAAGGAAAAAAUGUUUGUCAGGAAGUUUAUUAAAGAAUAUGUUACUGA